AUGAACGGUUUCUGGCGAGCUGCAUGUAGCUGUACAGAGUCGCAGUCCGAUGCGCUGCCCUUGCUGGAAGAAGUUCAGUCGCUCAAGCUCGACCACGAAAGCACAGAUAAAGUGUUUGCAGUAUGCGACGCUGAUGGGAUGGAAAUCGGAUCCGUGAAGGACAGACCCGUUGGCCGUCUACAUACAUUUGAAUGCAUGUCGUCAUCGCAGCCAGAAGAGCUUCCUCUUGACGACUUGCCGCUGCUUAGUGUUUCUCGUGAUCCUAGUCCGAGUCCACGCUCAACUCCUCCAGAGGAGGAGGAGGAGCAGAAGCAGAGCAGCGCGAGCGAUGAGUCGGAUGACGACGUCGUGGAGGUCGAGGAGAGAGAGCCUCUCGAAGAGAUGCGCGGAUGGUUAAUGUGUUACGGUGAGCCCAGUGGGGGGAAUCGCCUGCAGGUCGCGCGCCUGGCGAAAGCAUCAGCUGGCACGCCGGUAGCAGGCCUCUUCUGGAAAAAGCGCUACAUCCAGCUGGUGGAUGCCCAGCUGCUAUGCUGGGCGACUGCGCCACAGCAUCGAGGCUCGCGGGUGGCCCCAGUGGCCGUCCUGCUCCUGGCGCAGCUCGAGGAAGUUGCAGUGACAGGCAAGACGCUGACGCUCCAUAUGAGGAACCAAAAAGGCUGCCUGCAAGCUCGCGCGGAGAGCGAUGAAAGUGCCAACACUUGGGCCCGAGCGGUAAAAGCUCAUGCGGGUCGUGCUAUCAGCAAGAGCUUACCUCCCGGCUGGGACGUGGAGGCCAUGCUCAGCCGUGGCGUGGGUGGUUCGGCUGCGAAGAUGGUGAACAAGGAGACCCUGGACUCCAGCUGCAACGAUGCGUUCCAAAAGUUGUUGGACCACUGCUUCGUUUGCAAGACCACCAAAGACCGUCGCGGGAACCCAGUGCCAAUGCGGCUUGAAAUUGCCGAAGCGGUGCGGGUUCAGAAUGGCGCUGCCUGGUUGGAGUACGACAAGGCGAGGCGCCGAAUCUGCGACAAGGUGUUUUCAGCGUACCAGUGGGACAAGCAGCAUUCGGACUCCGAAUCCUGCAGCUCUUCCAUGACUGCCGCCGAAAGGGGGCUCCACAGCGCCCACACGACGGUCUCCGAUUUGGGCAAUAGCGAAGGACAGAGUUGGGAUCCGUUCGGGCUGCAGUCCUCGCUGCUUACCAGCACAUUGGACUGCAAGCAGUUGCACGAGACGCUGGGAAAGCGGGAUACCUCUUCCAACGAGCAAUGGCUCUUCCACGGCACGUCGGCAGCAGCGGUGCAGCACAUUUCGGAUCAGGAGUUCCGGCUGGAUAAGGCCGGGAGCCACAGGGGUACGCUCUACGGCAAGGGCAUCUACUUUGCGGAGUGCGUUACCAAGGCCGAUGAGUACUGCGAGGAGGAUGCAGAUGGCUAUUGCUGGAUGCUCUUGUGCAGAGUAGCUUUGGGCAAGGUCAUGACCUGCAAGGAGAAGAAGCCUCCUGCUGACAUCUUGGAUCAGUGCAAGGCUGGUGGAUACGAUUCUCUGCUUGGAGACCGCUGGGCUGCCGUGGGAACCUUCCGGGAGUUCAUUCUCUACGAUUCGGACCAGGUCUACCCGGCCUUCAUCCUCCGCUACCGGAGAUGGAGCGAGGCAGCCUUCUGCCGGAGCAUCCGGGAAAGUGCAGACAGUGGGGAUCCCGUGGCGCACGACCUUUACCCUCACGCAGCGAUUCUGGCUGAAGAACAUCCGGACUCGACUGUCAGGUAUCGGCUAUCGCUGCUGAUGGAAGCGCAUGCGGAGAACGUGGUGCCGGUGCUCUGCGAGGCUCUGAAGGAUUCUCGGAGGCGCAUUCGGCUGAACGCCACGAAAGCGCUGAUGAACAUGGCUGGCCAGACCAGCACGGUCGAGGCUUUGCCAGACGGAUCCCGGUACCGGCGCCACCGGGAGGGGAUGCAUGUGGUCGUGAGCGCGGUGCCUGCACUGACGACCUGCCUCACCGACAGUGACAGCAUGAUUCGACGAGCUGCUGCUCGUUCUUUAGAGAGGCUUGGGGAACAUGCAGGCACGGCUGUGCCGUCCCUGAUCGUGAGCCUCCGCGAUCGUGAAGAAGAGGUCCGUGCUGCGGUCGCAACGGCACUUGGCCAGUUGGGGCGUGCAGCAGCUGAGGCCCUUCCAGCCUUACUCCAAGCCUCCUUGGACACGGUGGAGCGUGUGCGGGUUGCCGCACUGACUUCGCUGGGAUACCUCGGUGUGAGCACCACGGCAGUGCUGGAGGUGCUCAUGGACGCAUUGGAAGAUCCGAGUUCCGAAGUCAAGAGUGCAGCAGCCGCUGCUCUGGGCAUGCUGAGUGCGCCAGUGGCCACCGACACACUGGCUACUUGCCUGGCUGACGGCCAGAGUCAUGUUCGGGCCGCCGCAGCAAAGGCCAUCGGUCAAAUCGGCGGCAAGAGCGCCUCAACGGCUGUGCCCAAGCUGCUCCAGACACUGAAAGAUCCGGAUCAUGUCGUCCGGCGCUGCUCCGCCGUUUCUUUGGGACGGAUCGGGACGUUUGCGGCCACCGCCGCCCCAUACUUGGCGGAUGCCAUGCGGGAUUCUCACGCGCCGGUGCGCGAAGCUGCCGCGAUUUCCAUUAGCCGGCUGGGCGUCACGGAGAAGGUCGCGCACAACGUCUGCAUCCAAUGCCUGGUGAAGCGCGGCCUCACGGACACCUCCAGUGAUGUGAGACAAGUAGCCGCCUCAGAGCAAAGUUGGGCUUGUUCGCAAGGGGAGGGGGUUUGGAUGUUCGUCAUCAGCAUUGUGUCAGGGGAUCCAGAGGCUUAA